AUGAUCAAUAACGAAUAUAAUUCUCAUAAACAAUCACGUCAUCCAGGUUUUACAAUUGGUCGUAAAUGGUAUUUAAGUUUUACUGUUGUUGCUAUUAUUUUAUCAAUACUUAAUAUUAUAUUUGCCAGUGGUCAAUCAAUUGGUUUAGCAUUAUUUUUAGCAAGUUUUAAUCGACUUACAGGAGUUUAUUUUGUUCUGUUUUUUUGUUCACUUUCAUUUACAAUAGUAUUUAGUAUAAUGUCAUUAUGGUUUGGAUAUAAACAACAAAUAACACCUUUUAUGAGAUCAUCUCGUUGGAUAAAAUAUAUGGUUUUAGUUGGUGUUUUUGAUGCAGCUAAUGGUUUUUUAAUUGUAUUUAGUUCACAUGGUACUCGUGUACCACCAGCAUUAACAGCAAUUCUUGUACAAUCAAUUAUUCCAUUUACAUUUAUAUUAUCAAAAUUUCUUCUACCAAAAAAAUAUCAUUGGCGACAUAUAUUAAGUGUAUUUGUUGUACUUUUAGGUGUUACAUUUAGUCUUAUACCAACAUUUAAACGAAUUCAUGAUGGUACAUCAAAAACAGAAUUAAAAGAUGGUUGGUAUUGGCCAUUUAUAUUUAUAUUAGGUUGUAUACCAGCUGCUUUAAUGAAUAUUGUACAAGAAAAAUUACAAGUAAAAUAUACUCAACAAGCACGAGAAAAUCAAGAACCAAUAACAAGAUUUUCUGUUAUGUAUUUUCAAGCUGUUGAAUCAACAUUUCAAUUUGGUACAAUUGCAUUAUGUUUUGCACUUGAUUUAGUACCACGUUUUGGUACAUCAAACGAUAUUCAUACAUUUUGGACAUCAUUUUCAAAUGGAUUUAGAUGUUUUUUUAAUGAUAAAAGUCUUAGUGGUGGUCGUUGUAAUGUUGCUGGAGGUACUGGAAUUUUAUUUAUUGUUUCCUAUUUAGGAACAUAUAUAACUGGUACAUUUCUUACUGAUCAUGUAUCAGCUAAUUGGUUAUCAAUUUUAUCAUCAAUUUCACCAUUAAUAGCAACAUCAUUUUGGUUUAUAUUUCCUUCUAUUAAUAAAUGGGCUGAAGUUGGAAAAAUGGAUAAUUGGGAUAUUGGAUUUAGUCUUGGUGCAUUACCAAUUAUUUUAAUUGGAAUGUAUUUCUAUCGACGUGGAGGAACAGAUAGAAAAACAGAAGAAGAAGAUAAUUGUUUUAUGGAUGAACUUCCUGUUGAACUAUUUUGGUAG